AACUGUAAUGAACCCCAGUAGCUGUUUUGAGAAACACAAGGUGGUUAUUUAUUUGAUUUAAAGUACUACUGCUUUGUUUGUAGAGAGAAUAAAGCUCUCUUGUGCAGGAAGGGAAUAAUGCUGCUAACCUGAGUAAAUCUUCUGCUGGCUGGUGUGAGGAGAUCAACCAACCAACCAACCAACCAACAAACAAACAACAACAAAUAUGAAGCGCUGUAAAGGAUCAGAGGAGAAGUGUGGAGUUUGGCUGGAUGCUGCUGAAUUAAGAGCCAAGAAACAGAGAAAACUGAUACGACCAAUAUCCAAACUCCUGAAUCCACUGGCACAGUCUGGAGGCUACAGUGCAGCAGUGGCCCUGAAUUUUACCCAAACCAAGAUGGAAAUGCCUGUGAAAAAACAGAGCACAAUCUCCUCAUUCUUUCGACCAAAGAGUAAAAAGGGAAGAGAUGCAGAGGACUGCAGCUCUUCAUGGCCUUCAGGAAUUUCUUCUACUCCCCUUCCUGAAGCCCAUACUGGGACUAAACGAAAGCGCGAGAUGAUAUUCGAGUUGUCUUCAGAACAUGAAGACGCAAGCAGACCGUCGUCUCUAAUGGCUCCACAGAAAUAUGAUGUAGAUAUUGAGAGCGCGUCAGGUGACGUCAAUGAUGAGGAUGAUAAAGAGCGGAAGUUUUUACAUUUGAUUUGGGGCUAUCAGUCAGAGGAGUGUGAGCCAGCAGGAAAGAGGACGCCUGAGAAUAUUACAAUUGAAAAUGUAACAGAUGCACAAACAGACAGCAGAAAAGCCGUAACGCGUAGCUGUAAUACUACUAAAAUCCCUGAAAUUCUGCUUCACAAGGAUCAGAUGGAGCAUAAGAGCUUCCAGAUGUAUAGAAGCACUUGUGGAGAGAACAAUGAUUCUUCAGCUUCUGUCUCUACAGAAGACGUGUUUACUCAGGAGCUGUUAAAAGACCAAAGCAUAACAGAAAACAAUGCUUCACUUUUAACUCCGAGGUCAGCCACAGAGAUCCAAAAUCAUCUCAUAAAGUCUGCUAAAGAGCCAGAGCUAUCCGAGCUGAGGCAUCAGUGGUCACCUGUGAAGAGGGAGGAUAAAGAAAAUAGCAGACCUACUUCCCCGAGACACAGUACUGUACUUUCACCUUUUAAACAGCAUGUGUGUUCCAGCCCAGCAAAACAUUCUUCAGGUUUUAAUAGAAAACUUUGUCGGACCCCUAAGAAGUCAGUCAGGGAGGCUCAGGGGCAUAAGGAGGACUCCUUCAGCAUGUUGUUCACUCAGGACUCUGAAGGCUUUCGGGUGAUCGCUCAUCCCAGCAAAUGGUCUAGAUGCCCACUGAAGGACCAAACUAAUUCUCAUAAGGCCAGAGAGUGUCGGAGCAUCCCGUCUGUAAGGCCUCUGGAAACAGAGGAGAACUUUGAUCCAGAGCUGGAGAUACUUUUCACACAGGACUCUCAGGGAAAUAUAGUUAUUAAGCAUUAAAUACCAAAUGUCGUGUCAGACAAAGCUUUCCUUUUCAGCCAUUUUGAAAGCUGUUUAAAGAAUUUUCAUUAAAUCACUUGAUCACUCGGUGUAGUGAUACUGUGGUGGUUCCGCCCCUGAACAACAGCCUUGUAUAACACUGUUGUGCAUUUUACUUAUUUUUACAGCAAAUAUUUGUAUCAUUAAACCUGCUCACUUUAACAAAAUGCCAUGCUUCACUUUUGGAAAUGUCAUGAGAUUCAAGAUGCUUGGAAAAACAUUUUGUUGAGUAUGAGCACAAAAGUGGAAGAAGGAUAUAUAUAUUUUUGGUCAAAUUAUAUUAUUUAUAUGUCGUAAUGUUCUGCAUUAAAGGAACAGUCCACCG